AUGACCAUUUUCCUUGCAGUUGUUUUAAGUAGCUUUCUUAAUAUAUUUUCAGGUUCGUUAUCAAGUUCAGAAUCUGCUCACAUAACUUCAUUAUUAAAAGAUACUUCAGAAUUUCCUUCAAAUGGAGAAUCUUCAGUAAUAAUUAGCUUAUCCUUUAAAGAUAAUAUUCCAUUAAAACAAAAUAAUGACCCAAAGAACCCAUAUACAACUUCUAAACCUGCAAAUAUUACUCCCAAACAGCCAAUUAACAAACCAAAUCCCCCUCCUACUUUUCAGUCUAACAAACCCAAGCAACCAUUUAAUAACAAGGGUGAAGAAACCUUGGAUGCAAGUAUCCAUGCUCACAGUUCUUGGGCGGAUGACUACGAUCAUAAUUAUAAUUACCGCCGUCCUAAUGACAACAAAGAUCAAAACGAACAGCCUUAUAUGCUAACCAAAAUUUCCAACCAACUUGAAACCAUUGCAAGCCA